CCGGCGCACGGCUCGGCGGAGCAGCCAUGCAGCUGAGCGGGGCAGCGCUGCUGCUGUGCACCGCGGCGGCCGUGGCCGCGGCUCCGGGGCCCGCGGCGGGCCGGGCCGGUGCCGAGCGGCGGGCGGCGGCAGGCAAAGAGCGGCGAGCGCAGUUCGCCUCCUGGGACGAGGUGAACGUGAUCGCCCACGGGCUGCUGCAGCUCGGGCACGGCCUGAAGGAGCAUGUGGACCGCACCAAGGGGCAGAUGCGGGAGCUCGGCAGCCGCCUGAACGCCCACAACAGCUCCAUGGGGAGGCUGCUGCGGCAGGCGCGGGAGGCGCAGGAGCGGGGCGAGCGGCUGCGGGACAGCGUGCGGGAGCUGGAGGGCCGCGGCCGGCAGCUCCUCAACCUUUCCGAGGCUCUGCGGCAGCGCCUGGAGGAGGUGGCGGCCGACAAAGCCGAGAUCCAGGGCCGGCUGGAGCAGCUGGAGGGCCGCGUUCGGCAGGCGCUGCAGGCGCGGCCGGGCGGCAACCAGAGCGCCAGGGACCUGGGAGCGCUGCAGUCCCUGAUGGACGCACAGAACCUGCGGAUCGAGGAGCUCUUGCAGAAGAUCAAGCAGCAGCAGUAUAAGCUGGACAAGCAGAAUCUGCAGAUCAAAAGCCUGCAGAGCAAGGUCAAUCUACUAAUCCCUUUACACCUGAAGGACAACAAAACACAGUCUCCCAAGUGGAAGAUAAACCUGAAGAGCCUCAGCCUCACCAACCAGAGCCAGAAUGCCAGUGGGGAGCCUGUGCUGAUGCAGAAGCUCCCAGAGGACUGCCAGCAGCUCUUCCUGACCGGGCAGCAAAGCAGUGGUGUUUUCCAGGUGCAGCCUGCAGGAUCUCAGCCCUUCAAAGUCUACUGUGACAUGACUGCAGAAGGGGGCUGGACAGUGGUCCAGAGGCGCACAGAUGGCUCUGUGGACUUCGACCAGCUGUGGGAUGCCUACAAGAAUGGCUUUGGAGACCUUCAUGGUGACUUCUGGCUGGGCCUGGAGAAGAUGCAUCACCUUGUCCAAGAGGGGAGGUACAACCUCCAGAUAGAGCUGGAAGACUGGGAGGGAAAUUCCCAGGUGGUUCAGUUUGUCUUCAGCCUUGGUGGUGAGAGCACAGCCUACACACUCAGCCUGCUGGGACCUCUGUCUGGAGAGCUGGAGAACUGCAUUGGUGACUUCAGGCAGCUGCCCUUCUCCACUCGGGAUCGUGACCACGACCUCAAAGCUGACACAAACUGUGCCAAGCACCUCUCAGGUGGUUGGUGGUUCAGCACCUGUGGCCAUGCCAACCUCAACGGCAAAUACUUCCGCUCCAUCCCGCGGCAGAGGCACGAGCGCAAGCAGGGCAUCUUCUGGAAGACCUGGAAGGGCAGGUACUACCCUCUCAAGUCCACCACCAUGAAAAUCCAACCUGCAGUGCUGGAGACAGAGCUCUAAAGCUGCCACUUGAGACUUGACUUUCUCCACGGAGCACCGAGCUGUGCUCCAUCACCUGGUGUUUACAAAGAACCGAACCUGCCCUCCUGGGCAGCCCCUGAGGAGCUCCUCUUGGCUGGCAGCCCUCUGGUGGCACAGCAGCUCCGUGCUGUAGAUAAAGCAGCUCCAUUUGCCUGAAACCCCUGGCUGGAAGCUCUCAAACCAGAAGAGGAGCCACCAGCAGGGAGAUUCACCUCCAGAGCCUGCACAAGGGUCUUCCACCCUGGCAUGUGCUGCUGUAGCAAGUCCAAGUUGUCUUCUGGUGCUUUCUGUCCCGUCUGAACACUUCUGUGCUAGUUGUGAUGAGCUGAGCCUGGGGGAAGGGGGGAGCACGUUGAAGUAUUUUGGUACCCUGGACCCAAGUAUUGGGUACCUCUGUACCCCUUGCUGUGUGCUGUCUUUUUCACUGCUGUUCCCCAGUGAUGUCCUGUGUACCUCCUGUGACGGUCCCCAGAGCCUCCUUCCCUCGCUGGUGCUGUGGCCCAGUGAGCCUCAGGCAGCUUCAUCUGCACAGCUCCUGCUCUGGUGACUUGGUUGUGGGGUUUGGUGAGAAGGCUGAAGGACACUGCGGAAAGGGCCUUCAGGCUCUCUUGGCUUCCUUGGCCCCCGCAGCUUUGAAGCCCUCUUUCUGGCUGUGCUAGGAUUUGCUGGGAGCUGGGGAAACAGCUUCCACCUCCAGGGGGCAAGGGAUGGGAUCCUGCAGCUGCUCACAUGAGGGCCAGAGCCUGGAAGGUUGAGUCUCAAGCUCUGGAGCCUACCAGGGAGUAGGAUGCUUAGGACAGUGCAGGUACAGAGCAGUGACUGUCCCUGGGCUGAGCCAGCCCUGCUGUGAGCUGUACAUCCCCCUGGAGCCUCCAGAGCUGCCUUCUCCCAGCAGGCUGCUGGGGCUCUGCAGAGUGAUCAGCACCAUCCCACCUGCACCCCCCCCAGCUGGCUCUGAGGGGCCAGGGCACAACACACAGGGGUCUGUGCAAGAGCUGCAAGCCCCCCUGGGAGGUGCUCUGGGGCUGGCUGUCUGGAGAGAGGUGGGCAAAAUGCCACCUUGGGGCUUCCAGGGCGUCCCCCACCCCGGGAGGUGUCAGCAACUGCAGUGCUCCUGGCUGCAGAGCCAGGUGGAGGAUGCUGGCCCCUGUCUCUGGGCUGCCUGGGUUGGUUUGUUUCUGUCUGUACAUGCAGUGUUCACGAGGAUGUGCUGUAAUUUAUACGUGUUGGUGCUGGCAGAAGCAGCAGCUGUACUUUCUGUAUUUUAAACUUUUGGGUUUUGUACUAAAAUAUCUUUUGGUUUUUUUUUUGCUGAAGAUGUCUUUUAAUAAAAAGAAGCCUGUA